CCUGCCUUCCCUUCCGUGCCCUUCUCCAUUUUCCUCUCCCUCCUCGCGAUGCUGUAUUUCCCUCCUCUCCACGCGGAUCGGUUUCAAAACAACGUCCAGAAAGAACAAAGCUGGGCCGGAAGAAAGUGAAACUCUGGUACCCGCGUUUGAGUUUAUCCAGCGGGAGCCGAAGGCGGGAUUUGCAUGCCCGCUGCGGGACAGCCGCCUGUGCCCCUCAGCAACGCUCAGCGGGCGUGAGGGCUCUUCUGGAACACAGCGGUUGUUAACUGGAAGGGAGAAACCAGCGCGUUUGCUCUGGGUGUCCCCAAAAUUCUUGGCGUAGUUGGUUCCGUUAGUAUGAUAAUUGCUGCCAGUUCGGGUGGAAUGUUAUUGCAUUAAUUGUUAUGUACCGUGGCCUCAUAUGGCAAUCACUAUAAACUGGGGGGAAAACCAAUGCUUUUUCUCCCUAAUAAUUGUACUGUAGCGAAAUUCCGUAAGUACUAAAUAUGCGCAGCAACUUAGUGAAAUAAGUUUUCGUAGUGAAUUGAAAUAAUUAAUCAGCGUGUAUUGCACAGGUUCUUAUUUAUUGCUUGGAUUUUUUUAGUAAACUAGACUUCUCCUUUUCUGUUUUGGAGUUUAUCGUGUCCCUUUUGGGUUUAUCAGCUGUGAAACCUUUAUAAAGCAUAUUAAUGUAGAACUAGUAUGUGAGUUAGAGCACUGUUACGUUGUUAAUUAUUAUAGAAUUUGCAUGGAAGUCCCUGUAAAGUCUAGUUGUAUAAAAUGCAAGCAUGGGUUUUCAAACUUGCUGUCUGGGCAGCUUGCACCAAAGUUGUUCAGCAAAUAACGGUACCAUGGGCACGAUGGAAUGAAUUAGGAACCUUAUUGUGGUCAAAAGCGUAAAUACCUUCAAAUGAAUUUUUUUUUAAAGUUAAUUUUCUUUCCUCUUUUGGUUAGUUUAUUUUACUCUUAGAACAGUCAGGGAAGACUGUUGCUUCCAAACUUUUUAAAAUAACGUUGAGGCUUUCACCGUAAAUCUGUGAUCAGACGGUACGUUCUUCUUAGAGGUGGUUUCAUUGUGAGAUCUUGAUGUUGGUUGUCGUAGUUGCCUUCUGCUGUCACUGACUAUAUGCACUGCAGAUUCUUUCCCAACGGAUGAGAAAGAGAAAUGAAUAGUAGUAACUCUUUCGUACCACAUAAAUAUGGUAUUACAUCAGUCUUUCUCGUACAGGUUAUUGUCCUCAAAUGACACAAAAAUAAAGAAGCUGAUGUGAUUAAGAAACCUCUCUGUUGAGGAGUCAGUAGUUGUUCCCAGUAUAGUUACAGAUCUGUUCAACAAUUUUGCGCUCAGCUCUCUUAAAGCCACCUCUUUGGAAAAGCUAUCCUAAGGGCAUGAAUGGUUGCUCACUCGAGUUUGUUCUAUUUGAUGUGGUUGUCUGAAGACUUGCGCCGUGAAUUUGGUCGUUAUGGGCCUAUAGUUGAUGUAUACGUUCCGCUUGACUUCUACACUCGUCGUCCCAGAGGAUUUGCUUAUGUUCAAUUUGAAGAUGUCCGUGAUGCAGAAGAUGCUCUCCAUAAUUUGGAUCGAAAGUGGAUUUGUGGUCGGCAAAUAGAAAUCCAGUUUGCACAAGGGNNNNUCACAGCACCAAAUCAAAUGAAAGCCAAGGAAGGGAGAAACCUAUACAGUUCUUCUCGUUACGAUGACUAUGACAGAUAUAGGCGAUCUAGAAGCCGGAGUUACGAAAGGAGACGGUCUAGAAGUCGUUCUUUUGAUUACAGCUAUAGAAGAUCGUAUAGUCCCAGAAACAGUAGACCUACUGGAAGACCUCGUCGUAGCAGAAGCCAUUCGGACAAUGAUAGGUUCAAACACCGCAAUCGAUCUUUUUCAAGAUCUAAGUCCAAUUCAAGAUCACGAUCCAAGUCACAGCCCAAGAAAGAAAUGAAGGCUAAAUCACGGUCUAGGUCUGCAUCUCACACCAAAUCUAGAGGCACCUCUAAAACAGAUUCUAAAACACACUAUAAGUCCAGCUCAAGAUAUGAAAAGGAGUCGAGAAAAAAAGAACCAGCUAGAUCCAAAUCACAGUCAAGAUCACAUUCUAGAUCUAGGUCAAAAUCCAGAUCAAGGUCAUGGACUAGUCCCAAGUCCAGUGGCCACUAACAGUGUGUCCAUGUUGGUUUUAGGCAUGUAAGAUUCAUUUACACACAGUUCAGUUUACUUAAAUUAUCAGGAAUAUGAUGUUGCAACAGUGCUAAAAAAUAUUUUCUUUGUCAGUUUUCCCUGUAGCCGACAAUGGUUAAAAUUAAAACAGUGUUGAGAAGCCACUGAGAGAGAGCGAGAAAGAGAGAGAGGGAGAGAGAGAAUGUCCAUUUGGUUAAAUGUCAUGGGCAGCUACUGAUUGGUUGUGGUGUCUCUAUGUAUAUUUUUGUAAAGAUUUGCAUUUUUAAUGCUUAGAUAUUGGUGAUGACUUGAUCGUAAUUUGCAACGUUGUCCUACUAAAAAUGUCAUACCCGUAGAGAAAUUGGUACCGGUUUGUGCUGAACAGUUAAACCAAGUGUUUAACUUGUUCCUUAAUGCUAAACUUUGUGAUAAAACAGAAAACUGGACGGCUGUAGUGCAACACUGACUGCUGUGAAAUGCAGACUGGGAAUUUUACGUUUCCAUUGUUCAAAGGCAGGUUUCUGUGUUCUCCAUGCCCACUGACGCAAGUAGGUUGGUAAAUGGAGCUCUGUGGAGAGAUAUUUUUGAGAUUUCUCUUUAUCCCUGCCAUCUGGAGAGAUGGUACUAACAUUGCAUGUACUACAUGGGGAGAGAGUUGGUCUUGGAAGCUCGUUCAGAGAUUGUGCAGUGUCGUGACUUGUCAGGAUAGAGGCUGCACUGCUUUUGACCUGGCUGCUAGCACUAAAUGUGUGAGGAGAGAAAACACCUUGAAAUGAAAAAUUAAAUUCAGAUUUCAGCAAAUGGCAGAGCAAUUAAAUAUUAGGUUGUGUGUACAUUUUAUGCAGUUUUUGUAUCUAUUCUAAAUUUUAGUGAGCAGUUAACCAUAAAAUUGCUUAGUUUUCCUGCUGUUAGAUACAAGUAGAUUGUUUCGAGUUGUGUGUGUACAGUAUAUAAGAACUAAACUUUAAUGCCAAUGACUCCUGUGGUUAGUUGGUGUAUUCAUAGGUAUAAAACUGUAGCCAUCUCUCUUCCUGAGUAACAAAGGCUUGCUUUUACACAUCAAAAAGUAUUUGGGCAAGCAAGUCUGAAUCACUUCUUCCUCAGAAUGGAUAGUGGUUUGGUUACAAGAUUUCAUUUUACUUAAGAACAAAUGUUUGAAGUUGGAUGUGAACAAGAGCUGCAUCUCUAGCUAUUUAGUUUGUCACUAAUACAGUAUAUUUAGUAAAUUGAAUGUGAAAAAUAACAAAACCAGUGUGUAAUCUUACCAGUAUUUCUCUAGAAGGCAAGAUACUUUGUUAUGAAAAUGGCUUUUGGCAUUGGGUUUUUUUUUUCUAUUUACCUUCAAAAGCCAGCAUCAAACACCUAGUGUUCCUUGCUGUCUUAUGUAGUAGCAUAUAAAGACGUUGAUUUCAAAAAGUUCCUUUUUAGAGAAAUGUUUAGGUUUGGGUUUUGGCGUUUUCAGCAGGGCCUUUGAAGAAACGCAGAUGGCUUUUAAAUAUUGGCAGUGGAACGUGCUUAGGGGGUUGAUUCUAGAAUCUUUGUACAUUUGAUAGUAUUUCUAACUUUUUCUUUACUGUUUGCAGUUAAUGUUCAUGUUCUGCUAUGCAAUCAUUUAUAUGCACGUUCCUUUAAUUUUGUAGACUUUCCUGGAUGUAUAGUUUAAAAACAGCAAAAAGUCUAUUUAAAACUGUAGCAGUAGCGUGCAGCUCUAGCAGAGGAAAGUUGUGGGGUUAAACUUUGUAUUUCCUUUCUUAUAGAGGCUUCUAAAAAGGUAUUUUUAUAUGUUCUUUUUAACAAAUAUUGUGUACGACCUUUAAAACAUCAAUGUUUUGAUCAAAAUAACUAAAGACCCAGCUUAUUUUCUGCUUGCUGUAAAUUUAGCAAACAUGCUGUAAUAAAAAAAUGAAGGAAAUACUGAUCCACUGGAAUUAUUGUAGCUUUAGAAUUUGACUCCAGAGCAUGGUUAGGAGUAGAGCUAUGCAUCCCUUAUGGAGUAAAAUCCUUACUAUGGUAUUUCAGUAAAGUCAGGAAUUUAUUGUUUAAUGUCCGAAUAAACAUAAUUUCACAUUUUUAAAGGGGUAUUAGACAAAAUAAGAAUGAUAAGCAUACGUUUUAGUCUAAUGUAUUGAAAUGUCUUUUCCGUUAACUUCCGUUAUUGCUGGAUGGUCUGCCCUAUGGUUAUAAUUCAGAUGUUAUUAGCCAGGUGAUGAACUAAUUAAAGUCAGCAAUGGAAGAUUCAUUGAGAACCAAAUUUCUAGUAUCGCCUUAUCGAUUUAUAUUUGCCAUAUCAAAACUUGCGCCAGCAGUGGUUCUCUAGAAGGUGGUAAAACUUUGCUGAUGACGUUUAAAAUUCAAGCUGCCUCCUGGCACUUGUGGUAUUUACAACUGAUUCUUCUUAUGCCACCGAAUGAAAACAACACUGAAGAGCGCUUAAUUGCUCUGAUAAACCCACUCUUACACUUCGUUGAGCUGUGAUUUAUCUUGUAGCUGUCCAUAAACAUGGCUUGUAACAGCAGAAAACCCCACCCUUUUUCUGCUUUUUUUAAAUGAGUGUCGUCUUCAGGACUAAAAUCCCACUUACAAGUGGUCCACCUGACCGUGCGGUGGGGAAGUGUGGUUGUGUUCUUGUCGGCAGCCUGCAAGGGGUUGCUGUGAUUGAUGUUUGCGGUAGUCCAGCCAGACUUACAGCUGGAUCAGUGGGGAGGAGGGAGGAGAACAUCUUUGUGUCCAGGCUGAGGUUCUAAUUUCAGACUGCAGAGUAACAGUAACUAUACCUUAACUAUUUUGUCAGCAUGUCCUUAUAUUGUGUGCCUCAAGAUUUAUGUAUAGCACAGUUUAAAUUUUUUGUUUUGAAAAUCCAAUUCAUUGCAAGUAUAAUGUAGUAUCUGACAGUUCUGAUGGUUCUUUCUUUCUCUCCCAGAGGUAGGACUAAACUUUGACUUGACUUGUGUAUAUGAACAAGCCAGAAAAGCCGAACACAAACCCACGAUGUUUCAAGAGUGCAUGAAUAAAGAUGUUGUCCUAGUUCUUGCUCCCAUGGAAAAAUUGUGAAGAAGCUGUUCUGUGGGCCUUUCAGUUGGGGACGAGUUAGCAGGAUGUGGCCAAAAGGGCAGGGAAUGUUUACGCAUUCACGCAAGUCAAGCCACAGCCCAUCUAGAUAACAUCUCCCUUCCUUGAUGCAGGUAUCCCAGUCCUGCUCUAAAAAAAAAAUUAAAAAAAAAUAAAAAAAAUUAAAAAAUAAAAAAAAAAAAAAAAAAAAAAGCAGUAGCCUGUCUUGUGCAAGCUACCUGCAGGUUAUGCACAGCUGGAAUGCAAGAACAUGCGCAGGCUACAAAAGAUCAUGUAUAGGCAUCUUUCUUUUGGAGUCUCAAGAACGGUGGGAAUUUGUUUUUCUGUGGUAAACUAGAUUUUGUCAUUCCUGCAAAAUUUGUAGAAUUGAAGUAGUAUUUGUAAAAAAAGGGAAAAAAAAAAAAAAAGAAAAAAAUUCUGCUGAAAGUUAAUGGCUGUGCUCCAAAAUAUCUGCAGCGUAUUGAUCUAUCUCAGCAGUAAUAGAAGGCUCUAUUGGAACUUCUUUUUCACCAAAAGUCCAUGCACCCAACUGAUAAUUAAAAAUCUUAAAUUUAGUGGUUAAGUAGCUGGGUGUUUAAAUUAGGGACUAUAAUAGACUGGUCUCUGAAAGCUACAUGUUAUCCUUUCUAUGUCUUUUAAAGAUGUUUAACUGUACAGUAUAAUGGCUUUAUUCAAAGUGGAAGUUUUCAAUUUCGAUGUUAUUUUGAGCUCUCUUCUUGGAAAGAGCUGCCUUUUUUUUUUUUUUCUUACUGUUUAGUCUGGGGUAACAGCUUGAAUUCUGUUCAGAGAAGGGCAAUUGGAUUGAUCUACAUCACAGCACUGCUACUUGAUUUUUUGGCAGGGAUGUUGCCGAUUAACAUUUUGGAAGUACAAAGGGAUAAAUUUACACAUUUUUAGGACAUAAUCACCCAUUAAUAAUUGCUGGUUUUCUCAAUUUAUCUUGUAACUUGCUUAAAAAGUCUGUAGUCCAUUGCUAUAAUAUUUGUCUGAAGAUGCUCUUACUGAUGAGACUAUUCUAGGAAGGGAAGACUAUGUACCCUGUAGUGUGUUUGAUCAAAAGAUGCUAAUGUUUUAUUCAUACACAUCCUUUCUUCUUGAGUUUUGUGUUCCAUCUGUGCAAAUAACCCUGUGAAUUGGGAAUAAAAUGUACAAGUUUUGACUAUAACUUGAGAGCACCUUCUGACUUAAUUAAUCCAGCCGUAGCCUCUUGGAGAUGGAUCACCAAGCGCUGAAUCCCCCCCCAGUUCCCUCCAGCCCCCAGCACUGAGCAUGAUCCAACACUACCCCGCUAGGCUUAAGCUCUAUCUACUCAGCCUAGCAAGUCAAGCUUUCCUGGGCAGAGCCUGACACCCCUUUAGCAGGCUCUGGUUUCUCUUGGUGAGGUUAGUGUUUGUUUUUAAGAAGUGCCAUGGUCACAAGUCACUGGCGAGGUGCGAGCGGGAGGGCUGUAGCUCUGACCGCUGUCAGGGGGAAGUGAUUCCCAGCUUCUCCCACCUCCCCCCCGGCCUUAAGAGGCAGGCGGAGCAGGCGCCUGGGGCGCUCAGGCUGCCUGCUCUGCACUCAGGGUGCCCACUCUUACCAGGCAAAGGUAAGGGCAAAGAGUUCCUUGCGAGUUGAGGGGGCUUUUAAACACGAGUCGCUAUUCCGAAGUGUCGGAGCUUUACAGAACAACUUGAGCUGCCAAAGUGAUGUGAUCCCACUUUUCCAUUACCACCUUAAAAUAAACAGAUGCUUUUAGGGGGUGAAAAGUUUAUUUAAUUUUUUGUUGUAUCCAAUUCGUACAUAUACCAUUAUUAAUGACAAUUUGGAGUAUACACAAUUGUAACUGGGAUACAGCUCAUUCCCUGGUGAAGGGCCAGGUCACAAGACAUUAAGUUUAAAGACCGCCAAUUCCAUCUUAUUUGGAGCAAUAGAUGUGUAAACAUUCAACCAGCUGCCAAUGCAUUUUUAAUGUACCGAAAGCCAUCUCCAAGAACAGUUCACAAUCCGCAAAAAUCCCUUUUGAGUUAAAGCACUUUUUUAGUAAUUACUGUAUUUCUAAAUAACCUUGGAUUCUGCUACUGCAGUUCAGUUGUUUCUAUGACAGGAUCAGUUGAUGGUGACAGCACUGACUGGCACCUGCCCUGUCCCUGGUCUGAAGUUGACAGAUUUUGGCAAAUAUUGGGACAAAAUAAUGUUGUAGCAUUGAUUCAUUUUAGAAACACUGUUACAAUACUUCAGUUUCAUCAAGCACCCAAACUCAGCCAUUUGCACUUCUUGUGAAACAUCCGAUUUUUAACACCUUGGUGCGUUUGCAUCAUUUAAUCCACAUUCUCCCAUACAUUCAGAACUUGAGUAUCUUGAACUUAAGCUUUUUUUUUUUUUAGUUUUUUGUUUUAUUAAAAAAUUCUAAAUAAGCCUCUUUUGCACCGAGUUUACUUUAAAAAUGAGCUCACAACCAAGUAAAACGUGCAUAUUCACUGCAUGUUUAAGUGCAAGGGCACAGCCACAAGUGUCCUUUUUUUUU